AUGGCUACGGCGGUCGCCGCCGCCAAGGCCAAGACCAAAGGCAAGCGGCUGCUUCAGGAAGUCUUGAAUGCCCACGGCGACAUUGAAACCUCCGAGGAAAAGGCAUCGGCGCUCGCCAACUGGAACAAGCGCAAGACCCUCGCACAGGCCAGCGGCGGUUGGCAAUGGCGGUCUGGCGACUCGCCGUAUCUGCUGCCGCAGCACAAGAUCGACCCGUCCAAGGUCGCGAUCGAAGUCGCGAGCUUAGUACACAUUGGAAAGGAAAUGGACGCGUUCUUGGCCGCGGCGUCGCCAUCGAGCAAAGCCAAGCCCCCGCCCCCGCCACCCCCCAAAGUCUGCAGCUGGAGUCUCUUGCACAAAGGCAAGCUCUACGUUUGCUCCAACGUUCUUCGCACGGAACCUGAGCUCACGGGCCGCCGAUGUCCAUGGCAUGCCCCGACCUGCCGCGCCCCAACGCACGACGGGCCAUCGGCCAAAAUCACCGUGCCCAACGACAUGGCUCUCUGUCUUCCGUGCUAUGCGGUAGCGCAUGUCGGGCAACCCAAGCUGCAGCAGACACCAGUUGUCAUUGACAUUCUCCGACUGCCCGGCGUUCGCAUCACGGACGCGCAGACCGUCGUCGAUCAGUCGGCCAACGCCACGAAUGCGGCUACAAAGGCGAUUGGCGUCGUAUAUAGUGCCACGUCCCUCUGCACAUGGCAAGGAUUCUUUCCGGGCCAAAGCUCGCUCAAGCCGUUUGUUUGCAAAAACGCGGUGCUGCAACACCCCGUGUACCUCACGUAUUUACCGCACUGUGGGUACCACACGCCCGUGUGUGUCUUUUCCAACACGCAGCGGCGAGGCACGUGCCCGGACCUCGUUCUCUUCAACCAACACGGUUUGUGCAAGAAUCACUACGAAGCCUACUUGAGUUCGUUGCCACCAAACGUGCGCGAGGCAGACGUUACCUUUACAUCCCCCUUUGCUUGCCCGAAUGUUGUCAACACCAACGACGUCGAUCGACACAAGAAAAGACACCCGCUGGCCCCCCGAACGCGACCACCCCCGCAUCGAGCCGCGGCGGCCCCCACCAGCUUUGGCGGCCCGCGAUCUCUUUUACAACAACUCAUUCCCGAGCCAAUUCAAACGUUAUGGUGGCAAGUCAAUUUUCUACGCAAGGGCCCGCGCGUCGCGAUAGCCUUGCAGCGCGUCUUUCGCGGCAACCGCGCCCGCCGCCGCGUCCAUGCUCUCAAGAUGGCACUAGCUGCGAAGAAACGUGUUGCGGCCUGCAUUUUUCUCCAGACACUCUGGCGGCGGCGACAAGCCCAACGGCAUGUCGAGCACUACCGACGGCUCUUCCUCGUCGGCACGCACUGCCUGCAGCGCCUCGUGCGGGGGUUCCUCGGACGCCGGCGGGCCAAGCAUCUGCGCGCGCUCUCGGGCCUCUACUGGGCCAUUGGCGUCACGAUCAUCGUGCACAAGGCCAUUGCGACGCUUCGGGCUCGCGUCGACCUCCGUCGAUGUCUCUCGUACACCUCGGGCGAUCUCUCGGCCGACGACUCGCUGGCCAUCUAUCUCUUUCGCCGGUGGCGCGCCGCCCGGGUCCUUGCGCGUGCCAUGCGGAACUGGCGAGCCCGCCGCGCCCUUGCCAAGCUGCAAGCGCAAGCCAAAUUUCAGGCAUUCAUGUCGGCCAUCACGAUACAACGGGCGUGGAAGCUGUACUUGCGCCGAAAGGAGCUCCAGCGACGCUACAGCGCCGCGCAGCGCCUGCAAGCCAGCAUGCGAGGGUACCUUAGCCGGACGCUCUGGGCGGGGGACCCCGGUAUCAUUUUCCACGUUGCAUUUACGAACCCAAAAACCGGCGUCGUCUAUCGACACGAUCGCGUGUUGCCACAGACCAAUGCGUCGUACUCGGUACCCGCCCGACGCGCGCGGUACGAUGUGGCAACCCGGACGCUGCAGCGACUCUAUCGUGGCCUUUGCGGCCGGCUUCGCGCCAACGCCGCGUGGGUAGCCAUGGAGAAGCGCUGGUUGUGGAUCGAUCCGAUGCUCAAAGGCGACCACGAGGAUCUCAAGCACAAGCUGCCGAGUGCGAGCUACCACACGGCCAAGGACUACCACAUGCGCAAGAUCUUUACGGGGCCAACGAGUCCGUUUGGCCAUACCUACAAGGACAUUGACGACCUGUAUCGGGACAUGCAUGGCGAGCGCUGCGACGUUGUGCCACAUAUCACGUGCAAGCCACCGACGCCAAUCGACCGCGGUCCGACAGAGGUAUCGAACAAGCGGGGCGGCAUCCGUGAGCUGCGGCUCGUCGCGCAGCCCCCCAUAAGCUUUCACGCGUCGCCCAAAGGGCUAUCGAUCGACAUGGCCCUCUACCCCGUGGGCACACUCGUGCACGUGCGCAUGGGGCGGAAGCGACAAAUGCAAGUGACGUCGCACGCGGGCCGCAUCCGAAAGCAGCACCCAGCGCACGGCACCGUUGACAUCGACUACCUUCCGGGGCUGGUAUCGCUGCGGGGUAUUGCCAUCACUGAAGAAAAGAACGUGGCGAUCCAACGGCUCUCGAUUGUUUUUCAAACACCCUCACCGGCGGCACCACGUUUGGUAGACCAAGCCGCCGCGGCGCUGGCGGCACUACAUGCCAUCGACGUGACGCGACCGGCGACCGUCGACGACGAGGCUUCGCUGCAGGUUCCAGACAAAGCACGCUCGCUCGCUGCCGCCUACCACGAGCUCGUGGUGACGCUGCGGCGUCAGCAUACCCAUUUGUUUGCUGACGACGCGGCGUUCAUCGACUAUGUGUUUCACCACCACGACUUGCUUUCGCGCUACUGGCUUCGGCUCGUGCACGAUAUUAAGGAAGGCGUCAACACCGACCCGCGCGUUGCGCCGUCCCCCACGGGCCUCGAUGGAUUCAUUGAACCGCUGCCGGCCGUCGCAGCGACGCUACAACGUCGACUGGAGCAACUCGGGUACCCCUCGGAUCCGAGCGCGAACGGUGCUCCGCCGCGCCCCGAGGUGACGCCGCCGACGUCACACGUCUCGAUCCAAACGUCCGUGGAUGACAUGCAUAUUCUCUUUCACCAAGAGUCGACGACGACGCCGCCUUGCUCCAAAGACGACACCGAGGUGACACCCGACACCCUCUCGCUCGCCGAUAUUCACAAGCUCGUGUACCACCUCAAAUCCUUGCCGCGGCAACCUGCGCUCGAUACCAUUCUCAAAGUGACGACCCGAAACACUCGAACGUUUGUAUGCAGCCACCCGCGUGCGGUCGCUGCUUCUCGGGCCAAGAGCCACCAACACGUCCACGCCAACAAGGUGCGCCUCGUCGCCGGCGAUCCGCUCGUGGAUCAGUACAUGGUCAAGCAUUGGCCCCCCGAGAGUCCGUGGCGCGACGACAACUACACGUUUAUGCAGAGUAAAACCGGCUACUUCAAGUGUCCGCACUGUGACAAGGAAUACCGCACCAAGCGCGAACUCUACCAGCACGCCAGCGAUGCGCACGGCCGGGAAGCGGCCACCGACCGACAAAGCCAGAAAACAAACAGCUCAUUUGGCUCGGGACGGGCGACCGCAUCGAAGACCUCUCUCUUUUGUUUCCUCCUCUCUAUCGGGGGCACCAGGCGCCAUCUGCUGCGCCCGACCGCGCGCUGUCGACGCUACCCGUCCCUGAGCGUUCUUUCCAAGGACGCCGACGCCAUCAUCUUUACGACGGCCUACCCGACGUUCGCCCCCGAGAUUCAGCUCACGUGCGCCGACUGCGGACAGCUCAGUAACCAAGACUCGAUGCCAAAGCUGCGGCGGUACUUGCACCUCGAAGCACUGGUGCGCGACACGAACCAAGACGAUUGGAUGAUUGGAUACCUCUAUCGGCCGCCACCCGUGGCGGCGUCGGCGCAAGAGGCCUUGAUCUGGGGCUACGACUACCGCAACGAGCUGCUCUUGGACAAAAGCCGCGUCCUUUGCGUCCGCGCGACCCAGUGCGUCGGGUACGGCAUGGUGUACAUGUGCUCGCGCACGUACUUUCACCGCUUCCAUCGGGGCACGUCGACCCACAUGGAAAAAUUCUGCCGUCCGCUGCGCCAAACGUCAACGACACCAGGUGCCAAACGACUCUCCGUGCUCCUGCGCGAGACGCCGCCGCAUGUGGAGACUGGGGAGCGCGCGCGAACGUCGGCGGCGGCCCUGUAA